AUGCCUCUGUGGUUACACGUAAUCCAGCAUGCUGGAUUCCUUUUUGCUCAGCUCACUAAUGGAAUAUUAGUGUACUUAAUUGUAACAAAAGCUCAACAGCUUGGAACAUAUCGCCAUCUAAUGUGUGCGUUUGCGGUCUUCUCCCUGAUUUAUGCCUGGAUCGAAGUGUUCACUCAACCGGUGAUGCACACAAAAGACCCAGUUUUCAUAGUCUUCAUGGAUAGUCCUUUAAAAUAUCAAGCAGGAAUUGGUAAUUUUGUGACUUGCCUAUAUUGCGGAUCUUUUGCUCUUGUGAUUUCUCUUCUUGCAGCUCAAUUUUCAUACAGAUUUAUUGCAGUUUGCAGACCAGAAAUAUUGCCAAAACUAGAUGGGUUCAAGCUAGUUAUAAUAAUCAUUCCAUGCAUGUUUUUCUUCAUUCUCUGGUUUGAACUGGUUUAUUGGGGUAUGGCAAGCACCAAGGAGAAACAGGAAUACAUGAGAGAAGAACUGGAAACAUUUUACGAAGAAGAUUCGACGAAGGUGUCCUUUAUCGGAUCGAUAUAUUGGUCGAUAGGGGAAAAUGGAGAGAAAAUUUGGAAUUUUUUUGAGAUUGGGUUUGCAUUUGGCUGUGUAAUGAUUAUUGUUGUCUGCUUCACGACAAUUCUAUUCUGUUCACUGAACAUUUAUUUUUUCAUGACAAGCAUUCAAUGCCAUAUGAGCACAAGAACAUUGGAACUCAAUCGCCAACUCUUGGUCACCCUAAGCUUUCAGACUCUUUUACCAUUUGUCAUGAUGCAUAGUCCUGUCGGAUUGUUGUUCUGUCUUCCAUUGGUUGAAGUUUACGUUGGAUAUAUUGCGAAUUACGUGGGCGCCAGUUUGGCUCUCUAUCCCGCGUUGGUGCCACUGAUUGCUAUAUUCACAAUCAAUGGGUUCAGAAAAACAGUCAUGAAACGUCUCCGAAGAAAAGUAGAAACGGCCCCGAUGUCAAUUAUGCCCUGA